UCCUGGCGCAGCCGAGGCGAAAGAGAUGGGAAUCCCUCCGCGACGUUCCCGGAGUGGCUGCCUUUGCUGGGGAAGUGCCACUGUCUUCGAGGAAACCGGAAGCCCGCAGUGACCCCUGGCGACCCGGUUUGUUUUCGGUCCGUUUCCAAACACCGGGGAAUCGAAACUCGACUGCCCCGGUGGGGGGGGCCUACGUAGCCUGUCUUCGGGGUGACUCACCUUGGCCGGGCUUGGCGCGGGAGCAGACCCGGGACGACCCCCCGCUGCUGUCGCAGCUGUCAUGGAUGCACUGGUAGAAGAUGAUAUCUGUAUUCUGAAUCAUGAAAAAGCCUAUAGGAGAGAUACAGUGACUCCAGUCUCAGUUUAUUCAGAUGAGUCUGUUGCUUCACAUUUUGCACUUGUUACUGCAUAUGAAGACAUCAAAAAACGACUUAAGGAUUCAGAAAAAGAGAAUUCUUUCUUAAAGAAAAGAAUAAGAUUUUUGGAAGAAAAGCUUGUAGGAACUCGAUUAGAUGAAGAAAUAAGUUCUGUGGGAAGAGAGCAAGUAAAUAAGGCCUACCAUGCAUAUCGAGAGGUUUGCAUUGAUAGAGAUAAUUUGAAGAGCAAGUUGGAUAAAAUGAAUAAAGACAACUCUGAAUCUUUGAAAGUACUGAACGAACAGCUACAAUCUAAAGAAGUAGAACUCCUCCAGCUAAGGACAGAGGUGGAAACUCAGCAGGUGAUAAGGAAUUUAAACCCAUCUUCAGCAAACUGGGAGGUAGAAAAAUUGAGCUGUGACCUGAAGAUCCAUGGUUUGGAACAAGAACUGGAACUGAUGAGGAAAGAAUGUAGCGAUCUCAGAAUAGAGCUACAAAAAGCCAAACAAACGGAUCCACCUCAGGAAGACAAUCUGAAGAGCAGAGAUCUCCACAGAUUAGAUAUUUCAAGUGACAAUAUGCAAAAUGCAUACUGGGAACUAAAGAGAGAAAUGUCUAAUUUACAUCUGGUGACUCAAGUCCAAGCUGAACUACUAAGGAAACUGAAAACCCCAUCUGCAAUCAAGAAAGCCUGCGCCCCAGGAGGAUGUGUGGAAGACCCUGGGAAAGACAGCAUGAAGCCACAGUGGACAAAUUUUACUGCAACACACAUAAGACAACCCCCUCUCUCACCAAAUGGCAAAACUCUUGGUCAUACCACAUCUUCCCCUCUACUGGGAGAGAGAAAGGUUUUAUCAGAGAAAGCAGUUAACCAGUUGUGGACAGAUAAUGAGCAAUCCAUUCUUCAUGAUGGUACAAACUUUCAGGAACACAACUCUUAUGGCAGAAAUUCUCUGGAAGACAAUUCCUGGGUAUUCCCAAGCCCUCCAAAAUCAAGUGAGACAGCAUUUGGGGAAACUAAAAAUAAAACUUUGCCUUUACCCAACCUGCCACCAUUGCAUUACUUGGAUCAACAUAAUCACAACUGCCUUUAUAAGAACUAAUUCUGAAGACAUACAUGGUCUGAUCAUGAGGUUGCUGUAUCUCCCUUCAGUAGUUCUUUUGAGAAAUUUAACAAAGUGGAUUCUGAUUAAACUUUUGCAGAGUUCUUCAGCAUACACACUUGCACAUACUGUACCAUAUUAUGUAGUUGAUUUUCCAGGAUGAAAGAGCACUCUCCAGCUCCAUAUUCUGGCUAAGAAUCAGAUAUAUGUUACUGAUUAAUAGAUAAGGUGUUUCAAAAAGAGUUCUACCUUUGAUGGUAAUUGUAAAUUUCUGUCAUAUAAAGAAUGGAGUUAAAAAUGUUUAGACAUGGUUUUAUAAAGCAUGUGCAGUACCUAAAUAUCCAUAAAAAUAAAGGAAGCCAUUAAUAUCAGAAAAAAAUCAUGAGUUGCUUUAAGUUUCAUAAAGGAGCAAACGACAAUGUGAAUUAAGUUUUAUUUGUUGACCUUAUAAUGCAUAAAGAUAUGAAAAGUACCAUAGAUUAAUAGUAUCUAGAUUAUUUCAUCUCUGUGAGCUGUUGUGUUUCUCAGUUUAAGAUUUAAAACUUUUUUAAUCACAAUGAUAAAAUUUAGACUUAACAAUUUGAAUUUUAAGACUUGAAAUAACCUGAUCAUUGAAGCUUACAUCAAUCAAGACCUAAUUGAAAAAAGUGAUGAAACAGUUGAAAAAUUAUGUGUGUGUGAAUAAACUUACAAUCCUAUACAUCAUCCAAUUAGAAAUAGGAAGAGCAUCACAAAGGAUUCCAUGUACUCUGUUCCUUCAGUGGUCCUAAAUGAAAAUUUAAAUGUAUGUGUAAUUAUAUGAAGUCGUUUUCUUCAAAGGGUCUAUGCCUACUUGUUAUAUAGAACAGUUUAUAAGUUAAGACUUUUGAAAUGUAACAUUUUAUUCAUUGAGUGAUUUUUAAUAAACUGAAUUAGGAAUUUUACUUCUAAAAACCAAGUUCUAUACUGUAUUGCUACAGUACAAUCAUGAAAUAUUCCCAAACUCCUUGAUUCUAAGUGAUCUAUCAUUUUUAAAAAGUAGGGAGGUAACAAGAAUGGCUUCACAUGGAAAUGAAUCUAAAUUCAGGAUGGUGGUACUAAGAAUAUUAGUAAUAUAAUGUAUUGCUUGGUGCAUACAUCUUUUGCCUAAGAUAAGAUGUUUCAUGCAGGAGGCCUUUAUCCUUUCUAAUAGUUUCAAAUAUCUUGAACUCAGUAUCUUAGAUCUCUUCUAUAUUAACUGAAUAGCAUACAUACAUAAUGUUCACCAUACACCAGAUAUUUUUGUAUUUCCAUUAUCUUACUCACUUAUUCAGGCUUGUCUGUGAUUAAUGGAAUUGGUGUCAGAUGCUGGAAUUUAUUCUGACCAAUGAACACAGCUGACUCAAGGGAGUACAAUCUCCUGCCAAGUAAUAGAACAAAACCCAAUAUGCAUAAAACAAAUACAAGACUCCAGGCUUUAGCUAAAGGAAGCAACUACCUGUGUAAUAACAAAGCAGCAGAAACUGUUUCUCAUGUGGCUGCAUAUGCAGGCUAUAUAUUCUGUAUGAUAUACAAUUUAGCUUACUGGUUUGCUGUAUUUUUAAACCAAGACUGGAAAUUUUCCUUUGUAAAGAAAGUAAGUUGUAUGAGAUAAUAGCUUGAAUGUUUUGAACAAUGCCAAGAAAUAAAUUAUUUUUGUUUGAAAUUGAA